AUGCCCUGCCAUUGUCAUGCUGGUCGCAAGGUCCCACAAUGGCCACCAGGCCCGGGCACUGUGUUCACAUUCUCGGAAUGUGAGCAUGUAUGCGGCGACGUGACAUGUCCUGCGGGUGAUUGCAUCACCCACGAGAAUCUACGCCUACACUUCGUCCAGGCCCACGAAGCCGAGUUUCUCGAACGUGGCGUUAUAAUCGCGGACCAUGAGCUUAACUUGGACACGCGCGAGCUCGCGGAUGUAGCCCCGGGCAUCGUCGACACCGUCGAGCGCGUCCGGAGAGCUGAAAGGGAGAGGGGUCAGUCCUCUAAAUUAGCUGGACAGGGCUAUAAAGUCACAAAGUCAUCCCGUCCUAUCGCGGGCCAAGUCGGCAAGAAGACGAAGCGCGCAGAGGAUAGCGUGGCUGAAAGACUGUCAAAGAUGACGCUUGGGGGUGGAGAGGACGCAACCAAGCACAAAGAGGAGGGCAGCAAGGCCGUAAAGACCCAAGCCUGGGCACUGAAUCCGGACUCAAUCGAGUACGAUGAAGAGGCCGGACAUGGGUCAGCUACCAUUGUAGCGGCUGCCGGCUCUGAAGGUAUCGAUGAGUCGGAUAUCAGGGAGGCCUUCCGGAAGUUGAAUAUCCAGAAGAGGCGUGAGAAGUUGGCGAGCGGGCCUCGCAGGAUGACGACUGGCCGCAAGGCACCAGCUAUAAAAAGCUCGAACGUACCUGUCAUCCUCGUGUCCCACGCCGAGGAUGCGGGCGCAGAUAGCGAGGCCCUUGGUGGUAUCAGUGGUCCUGUGGGAGCGGAGAAGCCUGACUUCGAUGAGGAUGAUGCUGAGAUGGAGGAUGUCUGA